CAACCAAUCUCCAGGAAUGUGGUAAACAAGCUGGUUCUGAAGAUCCACAAGCAAAGGUCGACUGAGCGAUGUCAACUUGUGCAUUCGGCAACAAAGAUAAUUCGCUCACUCCUGACCGCUACCUACAAACCAGACUGCGGUGUGUGUCUCAAAGAAAAUCUUCGCUUUCAACAAUUUCCCUGCAAUUGUUAGGUGUAGGGUCAAUUAACAGAACUCAGAAUAGAACUUAGUUCAUCAUAGUUCCAUUGUCAGAAUAGCAUCGUACAAAAUGAAAAUAAUGCUGCUUUUUCUUUUUCUGAUUUCUAUCCCUGCGUUAAUAUCCGCUGAUUACAUACUAAUGGAAUCAUACCGGCAGAAGAGGCAUGCGAACUCUUUGUCAAAUGAUCAGAAACCAGCCGGAAGAGCCCUGAAGAAAAGGAGCAUUGAGGAACUUGCCAAAAAUCCUGAGGGGAAGCUUGAAAUUUACAGUAUGAAGAUUGAGUCCAAAGUUACUUCGCGAUUUGCUCACAACAUGGUAAUCAGCCGAGUGGUAAAUCGAGCAAAUGAAUCGAGGGAAGCUUUCUUUGAAAUGGAACUACCUAAAACUGCAUUUAUUACCAACUUCAGCAUGACUUUAGAUGGAGUGACGUACCUGGGAGCAGUAAAAGAAAAACAAGUUGCCCAGCAGCAGUACCAACAAGCAGUUUCACGAGGCCAAUCUGCAGGGCUUGUAAAAGCAUCUGGAAGAAAAAUGGAGAAGUUCAAGGUGUCAGUAAAUAUUGGACCAACGAAAAAAGUCACCUUUGAACUAACAUAUGAAGAAUUAUUAAAACGUAAUCUGGGGAAAUAUGAAAUGCAUAUCAGAGUAAAACCUAAGCAAUUUGUCAAACAUUUCCAGAUAGAUGUACUUAUUUUUGAACCGCAAGGCAUUGCCUUUCUAAAUGUUGAUGCAAAGUUCCUAACAAAUAAUCUGACUUCAAUUGUGAAAAAGACUCUUACUGAAACAAAGGGCCAUGUUUCCUUUAAACCAACUCUUGAGCAACAACGCAAAUGUCCUGAUUGUCAUGAGACUAUUCUGGAUGGAGACUUCAUCAUAGUAUAUGAUGUCAAUAGAGACCUGUCUGCUGGUAGUGUUCAGGUUGUAAAUGGGUAUUUUGUACAUCAUUUUGCUCCUGGUAAUCUACCUAGAAUACCUAAAAAUGUUAUAUUUGUGAUUGACCAAAGUGGAUCUAUGACAGGGACUAAAAUGCGUCAGACAAAUGAAGCCCUUCUAAAAAUUUUGGAUGAUAUGGGCACAGAAGAUCAUUUUGCCAUUAUUACCUUUCAUAGCUCUUUUAAAAUAUGGAAAAAUACCAUUCAUCAAGCAACUUCAAACACUGUGACUAAAGCUAAAAUGUUUGUGGAAACUAUUAUUGCCAGAGGAGGAACAAAUAUAAAUGAUCCAAUGUUAAAAGCAGUAAACCUUCUAAAUAAGGCCCAUCAAGACAAACUUCUGCCUGAAAGAAGUGUCUCUAUGAUUAUUUUGUUAACUGAUGGUGAUCCAAAUGAAGGUGUAUCAAACCCAACAACAAUCCAGCAGAAUGUGAAAAAUGCCAUCAAUGGCAGGUACAAUGUGUAUUGCCUUGGGUUUGGUUUUGAUGUUAAAUACAGUUUUCUGGAGAAAAUGGCACUGGACAAUAAUGGUGUAGCACGGAGAAUUUAUGAGGAUUCAGAUGCUCCCUUACAGCUUCAGGGCUUUUAUGAUGAAGUAGCAAACCCCUUGCUUUUGAAUAUUGAAUUGCAAUAUCCUGAGAAUGCCAUCUCAGAUUUAACUCAGGCAAAUUUUAGACAGUAUUACGAUGGGUCAGAAAUUGUAGUGGCUGGCAAGAUUUCAGACAAUCACUUGGAUUUUCUCACAGCAGAGGUCAUUGCUCACACUGCCAAUGAAAACCUAACUCUAAAAGCUGAAGUGCAAGUAUCAGAAGGUGAAAAUGUCACUCAGCAGCAGCAAUACAUUUUUGGUGACUUCACUGAGCGACUGUGGGCUUAUUUGACCAUACAACAGCUCUUAGAGAAGCGGGUUUCUGCAGAGACAAAUGAAAAGGGAAACCUAACUGACAGAAUUCUGGAACUGUCACUGAAGUACAGCUUUGUAACCCCAUUAACAUCAAUGGUUGUUACAAAACCAGAGGAAAAUAAGAAUGAGCGCUUUGUGGCUGACAAAUCAACAGAAGAUGAAAAACCCAGCGCACAAAAAACACAACAUGGUGCUCCAAGAUAUAAAAGCCGUGUUCGUGCCUUCACAUCUGUUGACAGUGAUCCUCAUUUUAUCAUUUCAAUAAAUGACCACACUGAUGCUAUUUGUUUCAACGUUGAUGGUAAACCAGGAGCAAUUCUAAAUCUGGUCACGGAUCCAUAUAAAGAUUUUGUUGUAAAUGGACAGCUGAUUGGAGUGAAGGAAGUAGAAAAUAACAAGAAAAUGAAAACUUACUUUGGAAAGCUUGGAAUUGCAAGUAAUAAAAUGGAUAUAAAAGUUGAAAUAUCAACAGAAAUGAUUGCAAUCGUUCAUGGAGAAGAUGAGGUUACUUUCCCCUGGUCACAAACAGUGUCUCUAACAAAAGAAAGCUUCUCAAUCUCAAUUAUGAAAGAGAAGAAUCUCACACUAACAAUGGGAGAUGAUGCAACAUUUGUUAUUGUGCUGCAUCAUGUGAGGAAAAACCACACUGUACACAGAGAUUUUCUGGGAUUUUAUACACUUGACAGCCACAGCUUGUCAAAUGUGACCCAUGGAUUGCUUGGCCAGUUUUACAAUGAAGUAAAUGCUGUGAUACGUAACUUUAGCCCUCGCUUACAUCAAGACAAACUUCGUGCAACAAUGAUUGUAAAAGGUCACAAACUUAGGGUAGGAAGGGUGUACGAGAAAGAUUACAGGCUUGAUUCAAACCGAGGCACCAAUAUCCCAUGCUGGUUUAUUCGCUCCAGUGGGAAAGGAUUUAUAGACGGAAUUGCCACUGACUAUGUCGUUUCUUCUUUAUUUGACUCACUGCAUUCAUAAUCUCAGAGCAGAUGAUGAAAGUUUAACCUUUUUGUAUCCCUGGCAUGACUUUAUUAUUCAGUCGCUGAUAUGAUGAAUACAUAUAGUUUAACAGUUAUAAAUCUGCAAGUACUUCAAUUAUGUAUUUCCAAGUUUGUAAUUUACUCGCCUGUGUUAUCUGGUCAGAUUUGAUUUGUAUAUGUCAAAAAUGGAACCAAUUGUUACAAGGUGAAUUCCAUAUUGACCCAACAGAAAUUGAAUCUUGUAGUUUCUGAAAAUGUUUUGGCCUUGGUAUCCAAUUCCACCUUCCGAUCAUAUUCAUGGAAGGAGCAGGAUUUCAGGUGCAAUCUCACAGGAGCUGGUCAAUUAAGCACCUUUCUCUGAGAUCACAGUUCAAUUUGA